AUGGACAACAAGGGCCCCAGUGACCACCCUAGUAUGUCCAGCGUCGCUAUCAUCAAUGUACACAUCUCGCGCACGCUCUCUGCCCUCAACACCCUCCUCAUCAAAGGCGAAGAACUGCGCCGUCGGGGCCUUUUCGACCGCUUUAUUCGUUGUCUCGAAUUUGAACUUUUCAAUGUAUUGUGGCGUAUCGCCGGUCACAUCACGAUGUGGGAAUGGAAGUCUCUUCGUAUCCCUCCUGCUUUUUGCAACCUAGUGCAGUCGACCGCGCUUGGGCUUUUGGAUGAUCCACUUGUCGUUGAAGGCAUUUCACGGGGAUUGGCAACACACCUUCCCCCAUUGGCCUAUGAGGCGCCGCGUGCAUGGUGGAUUGGUUUCCCCGAGAGAGAGGCCGACGCUCCCAGAUCGCAGGACGAUGCUGUGGAGCUUGAGCGGAUGUACCCCCCCGAGGUUCGUGCGAGUUCAUAUCUCCAUGUGCCACCCCCCCCUCCCGCCGAUCAGAACACCCGCGCCCCGCCGGAGCUCGUUGGGAACUCGAAGGAAGAAGCACACAGGUUGUUGGAAAUUGUGCGAGCUCACCGCUUGAUUACCGCUUCUAUGUCACCUAUGACCAUGUCACCUAUGAAACACCUAUGUGCUCCAUUCCUGUUGUCGAAAUCUGAAUGGGAAUCGUUCUGCAGCUAUCUCGACCGUCGAACCGCACAUUGCUUGGUUUGGCUCUCGAAGAACUACCCUCUGGAGGAGACGCGGGUGGACGAGUUUUCGAACGGGUUAAUACUCGAGUAUAAUACUCAGCUUCAAAUUCUCAUCAACGCCAUUGCCGCCGGAUGCACCCCUCCCUGCCCAGCUCUCUUGUGUGCAUCGACCGGAUGGACUCCAUAUGCUGGAGACGUCAAGGAUUGCAUUACAUCCGUGGACAGUCUCCUGCUGACCGUAUUCCAGAACGGCGUCCCUGAAGGAUACCUAGAUUUCCAGGUUGGAUUCCGCUGGUGGGAGGUCGCAUCACAACCUCUGACGCCUUCAGAGCGUUAUUACAAAACAUUUAUGGCCUGGUGGAAUGAGCAACCGAACUCGAUUACGCGUGCAACCGUGCGUUUGAAAACCAGCGGUGAAUUGAAGGCCGCAAUUGCGGCGUUGGAGAAGGAACAGAGGGAGAUCGACGAAGAUAUCGCGAAAUGUCUAGCAAGGGUUGUGGAGUUGAGAUGGCAGAUCAAAAACCUCCUGUAA